AUGGCAAAAAAGCAACAAGCUUUUCUUUUUGUGAUCUCCUUUAUCAUCUUGGCAUCCAGGCCACACGCCUUAGAGCUGCCCUAUGAGGUCCUAGACACUGUCAUGGAGCUGACUGAUGCCGAUCCAGACUUCACAGACCUCAACCGAGUCAAUAUUUCUGAUGACCUGGGCCCUACUCGUCCCAUUUACCGACUCGAUCUUGAUCCAAACUUCAUUGCCUAUUACGAGGUUGACAUGGGAAGUGACUAUGUCGUUUUAGCUUCCGGAAGCCAAACUGGAGAUUACCGAAAAGUGGAGAGUGGUCCGGAUCCAAGACCCACUGAUGUGCUUGUGCGACGAGCUGAAGAUAACGGCGAGCAGUGUGAGAAGUUCUAUCGGCUAUCACCAUUGGGAUUGACAGCUUGUACAAAUGACAAUGGAACGUUCGUUGCAGCAACUUAUAACUGGACAAAUAAUGUUCCACAGAUAAGGAAUUGGCGUGAGCUGGACCAAAUGGUUAACAGAAGCCUCGAUAGGCUAAAGAGCUUAUGGCAAGAGCGAGCAGCAGAGGGGCGAUCAAUGUCAGACUGGGCCACGACCUCUGUUCAUUACAAAGAAGGAAAUGUGAAGGAAGAUCAAGUUUUUGCCGAGGAAGGCCUAUCGCCGAAAUCGUUAGUUAGAAUCGCACUUGGUGAACGCUUCCAAUCUGUUCAUUUGCACGCAACUAACAUUGGCAAGUCAGACCUGCCGGCUGGUUCACAACCAAAAUGGCAAGAAAGGCUUUGUAAAGUGCUUAUCGACGCGUGUAAGCCGGACGGGAGCACGAACAUCAAUCCAUCUGCAAUAAAGGAAACACCAAAUCAUCUAUUGUACCUAAAUCUUGAGGUGCACGAGAAUCGAACCUUUGUGGGAAAUACUUUACAGUGGAAAGAAAUUGGUUUUGUUGUUGAAAUCAAAGAACGCAAUGGUGAAGUGGUCAGGAAACACUUUUUUGUGGAUUUACAUUCCAAACGGCAUAGGCGUAGUGCGUGGAAACCUAGUGGCUCAGGUUGGGUGAGUACCGUAGUCAUUCCCCACGAGGAUGAGUUGCCAGACUAUGACCAACACGACUGUUGUGGCUGUGUGAGUGGAUGCAGUCCCGUGGCCUGGGCUCAAAUCUUUCGUUACUACGACAGCCUUGGAUCAGACCGAUAUGUAAACUCGAUAUUCAGUGGAAACAUAUACAGAGAUAAGACUACGGAAUUACCUAAGGACAUGACUUAUCGCGUAGAACAGUUUGUAGAGAGCAUUCGACGGACGCUCGGAACUUUCUGCGAGAAUGGUGAAGGCGCUACAUAUGUGAACAGCCAUCAUCGCAUCCAGUCCUGGUUCCAAGCUCGACAAGGGUCCAAAGCAAGAGCAUCCAGCUACCUAGAGUCUCGUAAAAGGAGAGGCUUCGUUGGACGAGGUGACAGGUCUUGGAUUCAAUGGAAAGCUGCGCAGACUUGCAUUAAGAUCGGUUAUCCUGUUGUGAUGAGCUUUUACGUGGAAUCCAAAAGUGGCCACGCAGCCGUCGCCACGAAAUAUAAAGAAGGGUACAAAAAAGUUCGUCGGUGUCGAACUAGGACGACUGGAUGGUGGAUGGGCAGACGAACAAGAAGAAACUGUCGGUGGGAGAAAGAGAGCAAAUACGAGUUCUAUCUGCGUUAUGGCUGGGGAGGCAAUAACAACAAAUGGCAAGCAAUAAAUCCUUACGGUGCCCACGUUGCAUAUAUUGCAAAGUAAAGGACAGUUCAAAACAAAGUUUCAAAUAAAGGGUUUCGCCGAUGUUAA